AUGGCAUAUCAAGUAUUCGCAAAAGCGCAGGCGCAACAGCGGACAGCCGCAAAUACAACAUCGACAACUGCGACUUCUCCGCCCCUCUCCCCUCCCUCGUUGCUGGCCAAGCAGCCACCCCUCCAUCCUGCGCCUUUGGUGCUCCCACAAUCUGCUUCUUCUUCGUCUUCGCAUAGGCCACCUUCAAUUGGAGACCCGAAUUUUACCCCGACACCAUUCUCGGAGCCAUUGAUUACCUACCAAACUCCCCAUCCACAUGUCACCAUCGAUCCAGUCCGAACUGCACACAUCCCUUCUUUGAGCCGCAUAACUGGGCUGUUACUUCCUAUCCGAUACCCCAGCUCAUUCUACACGGCAUGUAUUACCGACCCGGUCAUUGCUUCAUUAUCACGCGUCGCGGUGUACCAUGACCAUCCCGUUCCCAGCGGGCCAUCUACAGAGACAACAUUUGGAGCAACACGCCAAUCACCAACCUCAACGGCAGGAGGCGGAGCAGGAGGACUAUGCGGCACAGAUAAAGUCAUAGGAGGAAUCAGAUGCCGCCUCGAACGGCUCUUUCCCGAAUUCGCAGGUCUAAACGGACAAGAUAGCAGGUCACCGCCAACGAAUCUGUACAUACAGACUCUACACUUACUUUCACCGCAUCGAGGAAAUGGCGUUGCGGCUUCACUCCUGAAUGCUUUGUUAUUUGCGAAACCGCCGUCGGUAUCUUCAAAGUCGUAUCGAGUUUCGUCUCUGGUGAGGCAUUACAACAUUCAUACUGUGACAGCUCAUGUUCACGAGACCAACGAUGAAGGAUUGAGGUGGUAUGUUGCUAGGGGGUUCCAUGUUGAAGAUGGGGUCGUGAAGGGUUAUUACAGACGUUUGAAUCCCGGUGGAGCGAGAAUCGUCAGGUUAGAUCUGGAUUGGGACAAUGACGAGCAGGAAGAGGAAGCAGGUAAACAGCAGCAAGAUUCGGAAAACUCACUACAGUCAUCGGACGUAACCAAAGCCACCAUAUCCGCAAACGAGGAACAAAGCGAUGAUGAAGACGACGAUUGGGAGAAGCUCGAGCCCGAAGAGGACGAUGCCGAUGACCACGGCGUUGUACACCUUACAGACAGUCAGAUCCUAGAUGACAAUUCUCCUACAUCGACGGCAUCUCUCUCCGGUAAACGUAAACGCGAUCUUGAACAGUUUCAAAAAAGGCAUAAAUAG